AGGCUUUUCUCUUUCUCCUACGAAAAGUCAACGUCCCUCUUCUCCUUCUUUCUUAUCUUCUUUCUCAUUCCCCUGAAAUUUCAAGAGCAGAAAACAGGGAGAAAAGGGAAGAAAAGAAAUCUUUCAAAUUUUUAGUUUUUUUUAAAAAAUUUGGUUUAUGGGUAACGGUUUCUGCAAGUUAAGCGUAUGUUUCACCGGCGGCGGCGGAUAUGCCGCUGAAGAAGCUCGUCGUAGAAGGGAAAUCUCCAUGUUACUAUCGGAUCCCCUCGACGAAGGUCUUGGUCACUCCUUCUGCUACGUUAGACCCGACCCCACUCGACUCUCUUCAUCCAAGGUCCAUUCCGAGGAAUCCACCACUACUUUCCGUACGAUCUCCGGCGCCUCCGUCAGCGCCAACACGUACACGCCGCUUUCGACGGCGCUGGUGGACCCGUACGUCAGCUACAGCAGCGGCUGCUUCGAUAGGGCCGCGGCUUUCGAGAGCACGACUUCGUUUUCCUCGAUCCCCCUGCAGCCGAUUCCGAAGAGCUUUAUAAACACUUCGGGUCCGAUGUCGGGUAGUCUCGUUCCGGGUUCGGGUCCUCUGGAGAGGGGGUUCAUGUCGGGUCCGAUCGAGAGGGGGUUCAUGUCGGGUCCUCUUGAUAAUAUUAACAACAAUUAUAGUCGCGGGUUAUUUUCGGGUCCACUCGACAAAGUUUCGGAUCAGUUUCAAAGAAGCUUUUCUCAUGGAGCUUUUGCUUUUAAACCCAGAUCGAGAAAAGGAUCUUUAAUUCGGGUCCUCCAAAGAGCAAUCUCGAAAACCGUUUCUCGCGGCCAAAAUUCCGUCGUGGCUCCGAUUAAAGGUGUUGUUUCAAUUAAAGAACCCGAAUGGAUAGUUGGUUCCGAAAAGAACCCGAUUCAUAAUCACAACGAGAAUUUGACAGUCAGUAGCUUGAAUCUGAGCAGUGAAUACAGUUUAGACGAUGAUGAGUCAAUGGGUAGUCAAAAUCUUCAAUGGGCACAAGGGAAAGCCGGCGAGGAUCGGGUGCACGUCGUCGUAUCGGAGGAACACGAAUGGGUUUUCGUUGGGAUUUAUGAUGGAUUCAACGGCCCUGAUGCUCCUGAUUAUUUGUUAUCAAAUCUAUACUCCAAUGUUCAUAAAGAACUCAAGGGUUUAUUGUGGGAUGAUGGGCUCGAACAAGCCCCUGCAAAUUCCCCUGAAGACGAAGAACAGAGCAAGGACUUGGAAUCAGCUAGUAAUUGUUCAUAUGAUGCAUGUUCAAGGUGUUUAGAGCAAGAGAAUUAUCCCGGUGAGAAGGAAGAUGUCGAUAAGAAUUUGGGUUCAAAACUGAAAAAAGGUAAGAAUUCCAAGGCGAAGUAUAAAGGCGUGGCGACGAGGUGGGAAGAGAAUCAGAGGAGGUGGAAGUGUGAAUGGGAUAGGGAAAGAUUAGAACUCGAUAGAAAAUUAAAGGAACAACUGAGUAGAAACAAGUCCGGUGGAUCGAGAUCGAUGUCAAUAAACCAUGGUGAUGUUUUGAAUGCUUUGUCCCAGGCUUUGAAGAAAACAGAGGAGUCUUAUUUGGAUAUCGCUGAUAAGAUGUUGAUGGAGAACCCAGAGCUGGCUUUGAUGGGUUCUUGUGUGCUUGUUAUGUUGAUGAAAGGUGAGGAUGUUUACGUGAUGAAUGUUGGGGAUAGUAGGGCAGUUUUGGCUAAAAAAACAGAGCCCGAUUACUGGGUGGGAAAGACUAGGCAAGAUUUGGAAAGGAUCAAUGAAGAAACUUUGCAUGAUCUUGAAGGUUUUGAUGGAGAUAGAUCUGAUGCAAUCCCUGAUUUAACUGCUUUUCAGCUUAGUGUGGAUCAUAGCACCAGUGUAGAAGAGGAAGUUCAAAGAAUAAUAAACGAACAUCCCGAUGAUGCUUAUGCGAUGAUGAAUGACCGAGUUAAAGGUUCUUUGAAGGUCACUCGAGCUUUUGGUGCUGGUUUUCUCAAACAGCCUAAAUGGAAUGAUGCAUUGCUAGAGAUGUUCAGAAUAGAUUACAAAGGAACUUCUCCAUAUAUCACUUGUGCUCCAUCUCUCCACCACCACAAAUUAGGUUCCAAAGACAGAUUUUUGAUAUUAUCAUCCGACGGUCUCUAUCAAUACUUAACGAACGAGGAAGCUGUAUCUGAGGUCGAACUGUUCAUCACAAUGCAACCCGAAGGAGAUCCUGCUCAGCAUCUCGUCGAGGAAGUGUUGUUCCGAGCAGCAAAGAAUGCUGGCAUGGACUUUCAUGAGUUACUCGAAAUACCACAAGGAGAUAGACGACGAUACCAUGAUGACGUUUCCAUUAUAGUUAUAUCUUUAGAGGGGAGAAUAUGGAGAUCUUGUGUAUAAGUGGAGAAAACAACAUAUGGAAGAUAGAUAUGUGUCUGCUAAAAGAAGUCGAAGUUUCCCUUUUUUUUCAACGUUUUUUCCCGGUCACCAUUGUAACAUAGCUAUUAAGCUCCUACGAGUUCCCGAGGAACUUUGUUGUGAAAAGUAGCUGGGUGGUGAAGGGGGUGUAAAGGUGUAAAAGCAGGUUCAUGUUGA